AGAAGUAUGAAGUAACAUUUUUUGUGAAGUCUAUCUGCUCGUGUCCUCUUGCUCCUGGAGUCCUCAGCAUUAUUGGACAUUACUCCAAUUUUAACCCAAACUUUGCGAGCUGGAGCGAGGAAUUUGCACAAUCAAAGAUGGAAUACUCAGUUUUACCCAUUGCAUUGCUUGUAAUGCACUAUGCCUUUGGAGAGAGCUCCCACAAUCAUGACGAUCAUUAUGUGGGUCAUCAGCACAACCCUGAGCACAACAUGGAUCUCCUAUUGGGAACUGAGGACAAAUAUGAAAUAAAGAAACUUAGUCCAGCUGAGCAAAGGAAAAAAAUUAUGGAAAUCCUGAAGAAGAUUGAUAAAGAUUCUGACAAACAUUUAACCUUAGAGGAGAUCACACUAUGGAUUCAACAUGUCUACAGGAAAUACGCAUUGGAUGAUGCAGCGGAGCGCUUCCCUGAAUUUGACACCAACAACGAUGGUGUUGUGUCGUGGGAAGAAUACAACAUGGUUGUCCAUGAACGAGUCAUUAAUAUUGAUGAGAAUGCUGUUCUGGAGGAUCCAGAGGAAGAGUCUCUCAGAUUUCUCCACUUAAAGGAAAAGAAGCGCUUUGACUUUGCUGAUAUGGAUGGCACACCAGGCCUUAACCUAACUGAGUUUCUUGCAUUUACACACCCAUCUGAAGUGGAUCACAUGGCUGAUUUUGCCAUUGAAGAUGUGUUGAGUGAAUAUGACAUGGAUAAAGAUGGGUUCAUCAGUCUAAGUGAAUUUAUUGGAGAUAUUCGAACUAAUGAGGAGGAUGACCCAUCAAAGUGGGAGAUUGAGGAAACUGUCCGCUUUGACGACCUCUAUGAUCAAGACAAGGAUGGCAAGUUGAAUCGAGAGGAACAGCUCCGCUGGGUGGCCCCUAACAGCUAUGGCUCUGCACGGGAGGAGGCUAUUCACCUCAUCAAAGAAAUGGACCAAGAUGGUGAUGGGAGACUGUCAGAGUCAGAGGUUUUGAAAAAUCAAGAAAUUUUUAUGAAUAGUGAAGUAACAGACUACGGAAGACAACUGCAUGUGUCACACGACGAAUUAUAACAGUGGAUUUUUGUUUUACUAUGAUGCACACUACCGGUCAAAAGUUCAAGGGUUUUUCUUUAUUUUUUACAUUGUAGA